AUGGCGGACAAGAGACGCAAGGCCACGAGCACCAAGCGCAAGGAAGAGAUUAGCGAGCUGAAGGCGGAGAUCUGCAAGCUGCGCUCCGAGUUGGAGCUCACGUCGGAUCUGAAGGGGCUGCAGCAGGCCGAACACGCUCCUCCAUUGGAGCUGGUAGUAGCCGAGAACAAUAGCAUGUCCUCGGUCAUCCUGCAGCAGCAGCUUGACGUCGCUCGUAUGCAUUCUACGCUGCCUCCUCCGUUGGAACUUCAUCCUCUGUGUACACGCAUCUGUCUUAAGAAAAGUUGGGACGAGCGAAGUGCGACGCUUUUAAGUCUUCGGGAGCAGAAAUUCCGAGCUGCGUAUGAGUACAUUACGACGCGAAGUGAGCUUUCGUCUUCGUGCUCUAGUGACGAGCGGUUCGAGACUGCGAACGGCGACGUAUGUUGCUCCAUCUUCCAAACGGUGCACUUCUCUGGCGUCAAGUCACUUCAGCAAGUGUAUGACGCAGUUCUCUUCAGUAUGAACAAUAUGGAGAUAAGUAUUUGCGAGAGACUCGGACAUAUCACAACUCGGGACGACUAUGACUGUGCAGACAGUAGUAUCUACAAUGCGAGGAUGGUGUCGACCAAUGAAACGGGCGUUUCGACUGAAGUGAGUGGUAUCAUGUUCUCCAGGUUCUUCGAUUCAAGCGAUCGAAGAAGCUUCAGCGAUGCUCCGUGUGGGAUGCUCGUGAUUGACUCGGUGGACGAGGACGAGCUCUAUCCUUACGUUCCAAGCGAGCGACGCUUGGACGACGACACGCUGGUGGUGACGCUGCGCCGCGCUGCUUUUGUGAAGCUCCACUACCCGAAGUUCGACAUGUCAGAAAUAACUUGGCAAGAAUUGCAACAGGACGUUGCACGGUGGGGAGAUGUCAUGACUAGAGCGAUCCGGAGCGUCCUUUACUCUGUUCCGUAG